UCUCAAACACUGUGUCAGUCAGCACAGAUCACCGUAUCUGUUUUGAAUGUACAAGAAUUCUCUCUGAGCUGAAGAUAUGGUUUUAAUUACAUUAUUAGGUUUAAUUUAUGCAGUGGCACAAGUUCUGGUACCAUGCCUUCCUCCAGCUCCCCUGUCCAGUGAAGUCCUAUCUACUGACAAGUAUUUAGGAAAGUGGUAUUACAUUGGAGUAGCUUCAUGGAAAGAUGAGGACAUUGAUAGCUAUAAGUCAGUGGAUAAUUCAGUUGCUGAACUGAAAAAAGGUGAAAACAACACUCUGAUUAUGGCUGCAGCUUUGCAACAGAAUGAUCAGUGCAACAACAUGGCCUGGACUUACCAAGCUUACCCUAAUUUCGGUCCACUCAUGAUAGAGGGCGGAGAAAGAUAUGGCUUGUUCUUUGAUGGAGAAUGGAUUAAAUGCUCCUCCUGCCUUAUUGUUGCCAAAUUCCACCCCAACACUGGCUAUUUAAGAGUGAUGUUAUUUGCACGUAGCGAGAAUACAUCGGACGACCUGGUGAACAAGUUUAAGUCAAAAAUGAAAUGCGGUGAUAUUAUCGAUAAGUUUGUGAUAUCUCCACGGACAAAAGAGUUCUGUCAACUGGAAGGAACUGGUUAAGCAGUGAUGACAACUAUUACUGCAAUAAUGGCUCACCUAUGAUGACUACACUAUACACAAGAUGGAGAUCCCCUGCAGGAGAAACACAGCUGUCUACACUUAAUUAGUUUAAUCAUCUAGAUCUGUCAGAUAUACAGUAUAUGCCUUUGUACAUUUGUCAAAUAAAAUGUUUGAUUUUGUGGUGA